UCCUCUCCCCCUCCUCUCCUCCCCCCUGUGUAGAAGUCCUAUAAGGAGCAGUAUAACCGUGAGAAGGGGAAGUCGAGUUACUCCUCCAUGGGAGCGCUGCCGGAGGUGGAGCACGCCAUGGAGGUCACCAGGAAGCAGAGUGAAGUCAGCUACAGGAGGGGCCGCGAGGAGCUCCGCCUCUACAGCUCGGGGGCCGACCGGCCCGACAUCCUCCACGCCGCCAACGCCACCAAGCUGGCCAGCGACGUGUCCUACAAGAGCGUCCCUCAGCCCGUCCACCCCGACGUGUCUCUGCUGGACAGAACCGACAUCCAGCACCUGAAGGAGGCUUCAAAGUUGGCCAGCCAGGUGAAGUACAAGGAGAGCUUCGACAGGGACCUAAAGGGCCAGAGGCCCAAGUACAACCCGCUGGACUGUCUCUCCUUCAGGCACUCACAGGCCGCCGCUGCCCUCGCCAGUCAGGUGAAGUACAGGACCAACCAGAAAGCAGAAGGCUCCUCCGACCUGCCCAACCUCCUGCAGCUGGAGCACGCGCUCCACGCCAGCAAGCUGCAGAGCAACGUGGAGUACAAGAAGAAGCACAAAGAGGAGAAGGCCCGGUUCCACGCGGCGGCGGAGACGGCUGAGCAGCUCCACCACAAAGAGAACGCCGUGCUGCACAGCCAGGUGAGGUACCGGGAGGAGUACGAGCGGAGCAGAGGCCGUUGUCAGAUGGAGUUCGGGGACACUGCGGCGUACAAAGUGUCCAAAGAAGCUCAGAGGAAUCAGAGCGAGAGAGAGUACCGGGAGGGACUACGAGGAGCAGCCUGCCGCGCUAGCAGCCUGCUGAGCGAGAAGGCGUACAGGAAGGACUUGGAGCAGGAAGUGAAGGGGCGGGGCUUAUCUGGCGUCGGGCUGGAGGAGACACCUGAGCUGCUGAGGGUGAAAAGAGCCUCUGAGAUCCAGAGCCAGAGGUCCUACAGGCAGACGGAGCAGCUCAGAGAGAGCUGCUACGGGACGGUUACAGACACUCCAGAGCUGCUGCACGCCUCCUACCUCAAAGACGUCUACAGCCAGAAGAAGUACAGGGACGAGGCGGAGCGUCUGAAGGGACGCCGCAGCCUGAUCGCAGAGACAGCGGAGACGCAGCGAGUCAGAGCCAAUCAGAGACACGUCAGUCCUCUGCACUACUCCUGGGACUCAAAGCUGAUGAGAGGCCUCAUGUCCUCCGUCACGGAGACGCCGGAGCUCGUCCUCGCCAGGGAGAACGCCAAGAGGAUCAGUGACGUCUGCUACAGGGAGGAGGUGGGCCGAGGAACCGCCGUCGCCAACACGCCGGAGAUGGAGCGCGUCCGACGCAACCAGGACAACGUCAGCUCGGUGAAGUACAAGCAGAGUUCUGUGAAGGCCUCGAGUGUGGCCGUGACUCCAGAACUGGAGCGAGUCAGACAGAACCAGGACAACAUCAGCUCGGUGAAGUACCGGCGCGGGCUGCAGGAGAUGAAGGGCCUCAGCUGCAGCGAGCCGGACACACCCGAGUACCGGCGCGCCCGGAGGUCACAGGACUGCGUCUCCAUGGUAGCGGCCCGGCGUGGUUCCUGCGCCCCCCCACAGGCCAAGUACCACGAGGACUUUGAGCGCGCGCGCGGCCGAGGCGGCACGCCGGGAUUGGACGAGCCCGGCAUGGAGCGCUACCAGAGAGCCAAUCAGAUGAUGGGGGAGGCGGGAUACGGCAGGGGGCCCCACCCACAGGCGAUGGAGACGGACAGGCGACCGGGAGGCAUCAUCGUAGACCUGAAGGUGUGGAGGACGGACCCGGGCUCCAUCUUUGACUUUGACCCUCUGGAGGACGACAUCCAGUCCAAGAGCCUCCGCAGGAUGUCCGAGCGCAUUGAGCGCAGGCCUCUGUCCCAGCAGUCCGUCAGCUCGCUGACCUCUGACCUGUGGGACCGCAGCAGCGCCGACACUCCCGGUACCUCCCUCCUCGCGUGGCCUCCUCUCCCUCUCCCUCCUCUUCCUCCUCUCUAGCCUCACAGGUCGCUGGCGGCGGAGACGCACGCCCGCAUGUCUUCCCUCCUAAC